GCAGCACGCGCGGUCACUGACGUGUGGGCCACCAGCCAUGUCGCCCCGCCUCGCCGCCGCGCUUCCUCUCCCUCCCCCGCCGGCGGCAGGGGCGGCCGCCGCACGGGGGCUCGGCGUCCCCCGACCCCGGACCCUACUCUCUGGGGCCUCCGUCGCCUUCUCCUCCCCGUCAAACCGCCGCGGCGCGCUGGCAUGCCUCGUGCGCCUCAUGUGCUCGCGCCACUCCGCCGCCGCCGCGGCGGUGGCGGAGGCGGUGGAGGAGGCGCGGAGCGGGCGGAAGCAGCUGGGGAUGACGCCGCCGCUCUACGAAUACCUCCUCGCCAACGUCCGCGAGCACCCCGUUCUCCGGGAGCUCCGCGAGGAGACAGCGGCCAUGAGGGGGAGCCAGAUGCAGGUUUCUCCUGCGCAGGCUCAGCUAUUAGCGAUGCUGGUUCAGAUUCAAGGGGCGCAGCGCUGCAUUGAAGUUGGUGUCUUUACUGGGUAUUCAUCAUUAGCUGUAGCACUAGCACUCCCUGAAUCUGGUCGCUUGGUUGCUUGUGAAAGGGAUGAAAGAUGUCUAGAAGUUGCCAAGAAAUACUAUCAGCGUGCUGGUGUUGCACACAAGAUUGAUGUGAAACAUGCUUUGGCUGCGGAUUCUCUAAGAUCAUUGCUUGAUUGUGGUGAAGCUUCGAGUUAUGACUUUGCAUUUGUUGAUGCUGAUAAGAGAAUGUACGAGGAGUAUUUUGAGCUUCUACUAAAGCUUGUAAGAGUCGGUGGUUUAAUUGUUAUGGACAAUGUCCUUUGGUAUGGACGGGUUGCUGAUCCAUUGGUUGAUGAUCAAAAGACAAUCAGUAUAAGGAACUUCAAUAAGAAAGUUCUGGAGGAUAAACGUGUAGAUAUCAGCAUGGUGCCUAUUGGGGAUGGGAUGACAAUUUGCCGGAAGCUAGUAGAUACUUGACUCAAACCAUUUAUUAUGUAGACGCUGUAAGCACCAAAGUCAAGCCCUGAAAAAUCAAGUAAAAGGAUUAUUGGGAUGAACCUCUUGCACUGAUCUUAUCCACAAAUGCAGCUAGUGGCCUGCCACCAGAAGUACUAACCGCCACAGAGGAAACGUACUGCGCAUUAGAUGUCUGUGUGUGGGCACUGAAGAACAGCAACAUUGGCAUGGCAAUUUUCCUGAAUGGACUUUGAGUUUGCAACUCAGAAAACUAAGGCGAGUGUGUCUCCCAAGAUGGCUGUAGACUCAAGUACAUAUUGCUAUUAUGUUUCGUUGAUGGACCACACACAGUUUAGGGUUUAGGGCCUUUCUUCUCAAGGACAAGCCAAUGAAUCGCAUAUCUGUUACUUGCGCAGAUGGCAUGUACUUUUACAUGUAGCAGUGUACUGAUCCACUGAAUUUUUACCAGUGGUAUCGCAAAAGUUUGCUUAGGAGGAAUUGCUGCAUGAAUGGAUCCGGAACAUUUGAAAUAACAUGUUCAAGAAAGUGACAGUUGUUAAAUUGUUGACAAUGUGUCAGCAGAAUGGCUGGUACCAAUUGUUCAGAUGAGCUAUUCGAAAUGCGCCAAGUGUGGUUUACUCU